AAUAAUUUAAUAACAAACCCACCCCAUAUCCAAACCCCAACAAACCACAGAGCAGUUAAGCUCACUCACCAGCACCCACACCACACCAUGCUUCUUCUUCCCUCCUCCUCUUCGAAGCUACACACUGCUUUCUGGUUUUCCACUCCCAGUCACCGGAACACCCAAACACACCGCAACAGAAAUAUCAUAAAAUGUGCCACCAAGAGAACCGGCAAACAACGGUACCCGUCAGAGAAGAAGAAGCUAAAAUCAAAGCACAAAGACCUUUUGUCUACUUCUAAUGACGAUAAGACCAAAUUCAAGGGUACAUGGAGACUAUGCAACCUCGCUGUUCCACUCAAUCAGGAUCCCGGUAAAGACUUUCUAGAAGUUUCCGAUGCACUUCUUCAAGUAAUCGCCGAACUUCUAAAGUUUCCGGUUGCUUCGAUGUUGCCGCGAGAACCUUUCUCGGUUGUUAGAAAGUCUUUUGAUGCUAGGAAGGAGCCCAAAUUUGUGCAUAUUGUCGACAUGGAUGUCCAGAAACUCCUCAGCCUAGAGCCUCGUUCUUGGGACUUUAUUUCUCAGCUGCAACCUAAAGUUGGCCUUGUGGAACGUGUGCAUGAGGGAAGAGAUUUUGGCGAUCUGAUGAGUAUUAUACAAGACUGUAAAGAAAAUAGUGAAGGUGCAGUCAAAGGGGAAAAUGGACACAGCAUCUUCUCAAAAAAGUUGAACAAAAAGCAGGAUACCAAAAAGCCAAAAAUUGCUAUAGUGGGUACUGGGCCUUCUGGGCUAUUUGCUGCUCUUGUUCUUGCGGAGCUCGGUGCAGAUGUCACACUAAUAGAAAGAGGUCAACCAGUUGAAAAGAGGGGGCGUGAUAUUGGUAGUCUUAUAGUUCGGAGAAUUUUAGAAUCGGAAAGUAACUUCUGCUUUGGGGAGGGUGGUGCAGGUACCUGGAGUGAUGGAAAGUUGGUAACUAGAAUUGGACGCAAUAGUGGCAGUGUCAUUGCGGUUAUGAAAACUCUAGUGCAGUUUGGAGCUAACAAAAAGAUAUUGAUUGAUGGAAAACCUCACUUAGGAACAGAUAGGUUGGUUCCAUUACUUCGCAACUUCAGGCGACAUCUCCAAGAUUUGGGUGUAACCAUUAAGUUUGGAACACGAGUAGAUGAUCUACAUAUAGAAGAUGGACAUGUCCUCGGGGUUAUGGUAUCAGAAUCAGCUGAUGAAUUGCGUUUAAGAAGCCAAAAGUUAGAAUGUGAUGCAGUUAUUCUGGCGGUGGGUCAUUCUGCCCGUGAUGUAUAUCAAAUGCUUCUUACUCACAAUGUGGAAUUACUACAGAGAGAUUUUGCUGUAGGGCUACGGAUUGAGCAUCCUCAGGAGCUAAUAAACAGAAUACAGUAUGCUGAACUGGCAUCUGAAGUUUGUCGUGGACGUGGUAAAGUCCCAGUUGCAGAUUACAAACUUGCCAAUUAUAUUGACAAAAACGAUUUCAAUGAAUCAUCCGAUUCAAACGUGGAAAAUCGUAGUUGCUACUCUUUUUGCAUGUGUCCAGGUGGGCAGGUUGUUCUGACAAGUACAAAUCCAUCUGAAAUAUGCAUCAAUGGCAUGUCAUUUUCCCGGCGAGCAUCUAGGUGGGCAAAUGCUGCACUUGUUGUAUCAGUUACAAAGAAUGAUUUUGAAGCUUUGAAUUAUUAUGGUCCACUUGCUGGUGUCGAAUUUCAGAGAGAGUUUGAACGAAGAGCUGCUAUAAUGGGAGGAGGAAAGUUUGUUGUGCCUGUCCAGACAGUUCCAGACUUUCUUGAGAAUAAGUUGUCAGUUACAUCUGUUCCGCCGUCAAGUUAUCGCUUGGGUGUGAAGGCAUCAAAUCUUCAUCAGCUAUUUCCGACAAACAUAAGUGAAGCUUUGAAGCAUUCACUUGUAAUGUUUGAGCAAGAGUUACCAGGGUUUAUCUGCAACGAAGCUCUCCUUCAUGGUGUAGAGACUAGGGCCAGUUCACCAAUCCAAAUUCCUCGUGAUAUUGACUCUUAUGAAAGCACUUCAGUAAAAGGACUAUAUCCAGUUGGUGAAGGAGCAGGUUAUGCUGGUGGUAUCGUUAGUGCCGCGGUAGAUGGAAUGAAUGCUGGUUUCGCUGUGGCAAAAAAAUUCAACUUAUUUCAUGGAGAUGUUAAGUCUGUUCUGGGCAAGGCUCAUAAUGCUGGUCUCGUGAAGUACUAAUUGAAAUCAAUUUUCUUGAGAUAUCUAAAAGCUCAAAACAGUAAAUAGCAGAAAAGAGGUUUUGUAUCCUAGUUACACCCCAGAACAUUUGAGCUAACAAUGUUGUCCUCCAGACAGAUUCGCCGAGACAGGAAUUAACACUUUCAAACUUCAUUCCUGUUGCUGCCUUUUCCCCAAUGAUCGUAGAAUAGCGUACCCGAUGCUUGCAUGCUUCCUUUUGAAGUUGAAGCAAGGACCUUACAGAACGCGGCAGCUACGAUUUUAGAUGAUGAUCAGCUUGACAAAACAUGUAUAUAGCUACUCGAAUUAUCUGGAAACAGAAAUUAGUAGUUGCAAAAAUGCAUUUGGCACGGUGAAACACCAAAUGUCAGUUGCAUGGUCAUGUUUUCAGUAAUUUAACAUACAAUUUUUUGAUCGAAAAUGAUGCUUCAAACA